AUGGAACAUCUGAAACUCCCCUAUCUCGAGGGCUUCUCGGUCACGAACUUUGGCAACAAGUACGACUCCAGCGUUUCGUUUCAGAAUUUUCCAGGAAAGGUAGGCUGGGCUGUCACUACUGCCUCUGGCGAGCUCAAAGAAGAAGAAGUAGACGGGGUGUCUAGGAAGCCUGAACUGGAGUUCAAAGAACUGAUGCAGUCAUGGCUUUUCUUUGGUCUAAUUACCGCUGUGGUCUAUGAUGAUAACAACAUCGACAAGUGGGAGCUUGUUGCAUCUGACUUUGACCCAGACGACAAAGGAACACUCACUACAAGGGAAUUGCCAAGAAUACUGGAAGAUUGGCGAAAGAGGGAGAUCUCGCAAGAUGGGAAGCCGGGCCAGAAGAUGCGCAUGAUACGGGCACAACUCGCAUUAGAUCUGGCUCGAAAGGUGGUCAACACGUACUGUUCGGCUGACAGCCCGAAGCGCGCAGCAAGACUUCUCGACAGUAAGGUGGCACUAUCUUUGAUGGUAAUAGGGGAAACUCUCAGUAUCGCAAAAGCUCGGAUCAUCGCGCAAAUCGGAUUCAGCGUGCGCGGGUGGUAUGGCGAUGCGACCAUCGGUUGGGGCAUCCCACAAAAGGUGGUAAUCGCGAUGCACAAUGAAGGAUGGUGUCCAAGGACCGUUCAAUUGCUCAAGUCUCAAUUACGCAACAAUGCUUCGGCUUUCCUGACAGCCUAUGCGUCACACGGGCGCGGUCAUUUCAAGGGACAUUCCAGAUGUGUAAAGGACCAACCUUGCAAAGUCAAUCCUUUACGGGACCAGGAUGUAUACAUCAAGAGGAUGAUCAAGAGUUGGGCGAUAGACCCAGAGGAAUUACCUGUCAUCGGCGAAGUCACCAAAUGCUUGAUCAUCAAUCGCGGCGACAUACCUCUUGUUAGAUUCAAGAAAAAUGCGCCAAAUGAAGAGCCGGUCUUGGAAUUGACAGAUGCGUCUCACGAACCAGACUAUGCCACCAUCUCUCAUGUUUGGGCUGACGGGUAUGGAAACAGCACAAGUAAUGCGCUGUAUCGUUGUCAGAUUGUAUACUUUCGGAGACUCCUGGAGGAAGCGCAGGUGCAUCGAGCGAGAUACCGACGAGGUAAUCACAAGAACAAACCUGCGCCCCUCGCCUUCUGGAUGGACACGCUGCUCAUCCCCGUAGGCAGCGAAGAAGGUCAGAAAGCAGCGAGAAAGAAAGCAAUCCACCAGAUCUAUACUGUAUUCUCAGGUGCUAAAUACACUAUCGUUGUCGACAAUGGCCUCAGCGGCAUGUCCUGGGACAAUCAGGACUACACGACUACAGCAAUGAGGAUCCUUGCGAGUGGUUGGAUGAGAAGACUUUGGACCUUACAGGAAGCUUACCUUAGUCGUAAGCUGUUGUUUGCCUUCAAACACUUGGAUGAAGACGACGACGAGAGCAAAUGCCCGCCGCUAAUUGACCUCGAUGAGAUAGAGGCAUGGUAUCACGAAGGUAGCCCGUCACUCGUAUCUGAUUUGCCUGCCCUGGCCCGAAGUUAUUACAACAACCUACUUGGGCCUGACCGGAACGCGAGGAACAACAAAGACAUAACAACUAACGGGAUGAGUCUUAUUGCGAGUGUAUGGCGAGCAGCGCAGUGGAGAAAUACAUCUCACAAUGAGCACGAAACGUUAGCUCUUGCUACACUCCUUAAUCUGGAUCUCAGCAACAAAUCAUUCGGGACAGCCAACCUUAUGAAGCCAGGCAAUAACACCAAUCUAGAGCUCGAUACCAUGAUGAAAGACUUCUGGUUAUCACUUGACGAGAGUUCACCUGUUGCCCUGUCGAGGAAAGCGGCCGUCCUCUCGCCAGAGUAUGGCCUGCAAGUAGAAUUCCCGGGAUUCCUUCUUCACUGCGAGGAUAGAGAUGCAAUCCUUGGUCACCAAACGAAUGGGACGGGGUUUCGGUUCCCGUGUGACAACUCACUGACCGAAUAUUAUCGCGUUACCUGGGACGAAACGGAAGAAUACAGCAAGCAAAGAGGUAUCAUCGGCGAACAGCGCAGCGAGGACCUGGCCAUAAUACUCUGUCGACCAAGACCUGGCCAAUUUCCCGAGAUUGGUCUGCUUGUCGAGAUUCAUACAACCAAACAGGAGAAAAGGGAUCUCGGCCAAGACAGCGUCCGGAGGGUGUUCGCAGUCUACAUGCGCCGACGUGUCAAGGUCAGGCGCGAGACUGGCGAUUUGAACUUGGCGACCAAGGUCAAAGAGAUCAUGAAUCGCGCCCACGAGGAACAGUCGAGAAUUAUCUGCGGCGAAAUCCUUAACGAAGACCAGAAAUGGAUCGUUGACUGCAGGAUCGACUCAGCUAAGAAGAUGUCGAAAGAGCAAGUAGCAACUAGAUCGGCUACUCCUGUGCGAUCAACACGACCUUCUGUACCAGCCAAACGAUCCGCAGUCAUGGGGAUAAGAAGCCCGCAAGACAGGGGGGCUGGAUCCGGACCUGAUCGUGCAUCUCCAGUCUCGUCUUCUCAUGCACGACAUGCUGAACAGCCCUUCACUGGGAAUGUAACAGACAGGGUGGACAGCGUGCAAAACCCAAGCCUACAAAGCGAAUCCAUGGAAAUGUUAAACUUUGGGAGGUAG